UUCCGUGAGAAUGUUGUACUGACUGCUACAGCAUUCGGUUUGAUAAACACCCUUAUUAUUUAACUGUGCUUUCACGCUAGUGACCAAUUGUCUAUUCACCUUCAGACUUAAGUGAGAAAGAGUGAUGUCAAACGGACAUUUGUCCAACGGUAGCUCUAUUCCAAGAUUUUCAAUGCAGGAUUCUGCUUUGAGUUGGACAGAUGAUCUGCCAGUUUGCCACCUGUCUGGCGUAGGCCUGUCGACCAAUCAGGUGUACCGAGAGGAUGGGAACCGACGAGAAGCACAUGGUUGUGAAGACAGAAACUUCCAUUUCAGCCAUGACAACUGCUUCCUGUACGGUGUGUUUGAUGGACACAAUGGCACUCGUGUAGCAGACUUUGCCGCUCAGCGUAUCCCAGCUGAGCUGUUACUUGGCCAGCUGCAACCAAACUUUGGUGACCAUGAAGUCAAGGAGGCUCUGAGACAGGCCUUCAUCGGUGUGGAGAAAGGAUACUUUGAGUCGAUGGAUGGUCUUCUGGCAGAGCGGACCACAUGCCAGGAUAGACUCCCUGAGGGAAUUGGACAGUACGAAGCAUAUCAGAAGUAUCCUGAUGUGAUCAGCAAACUUCAGGAACUUGAGAAGGAAAUCUCUGGGGGUACCACUGCAACCGUGGUUCUCAUCUACAACAACAAACUCUAUGUGGCUAAUGUUGGAGACACCCGAGCGUUUCUGUGUAAGACUGGUCCUGAUGGAGUACUACGCCUGAUCCAGUUGUCAUAUGACCACACGAUCGCUGACCCCGGGGAACAGGCUAGGUUGCACCAGGCGGGCGUGGACAUCAACAAGUUGAAGAUUUUGCGUAGAGUUGGCAACUCUGAUUGCACCCGCUGUAUCGGAGACUACCACGUCAAGGGAGGUUACAAAGAUAUCGACAUCUUAAGUUCAGCCAAAGUGGAGCCUGUGAUAGCUGAUCCCUUUGUAGAUGGUGGCAUUGACAUUGACAGUUCUUGUGCCUUUCUACUGGUCAUGUCAGAUGGUUUGUACCAGGCUCUUACUGAUGCCACGGGCACAGAGACAGUCAAUGGAGACAUCGCUAAGAUGGUGGCCGUGGAGUUCAGCCAGCAGACAACGUUGACGGGCGUGGCGCAGGCCGUGGUUGAUCGUGUUGUUCGCAUACAUCAUGACACCUUCAUGACAGGAACAGCUGAGCAGAAAAACUUGUGUAAAAAGCGAGAUGAUAUCACACUUCUGGUGCGAAACUUCAACUACGCCCUGUCUGUGCACAGUCCAAGUUCUAUACGCACGAUUCACUCGCCGUCGCAACCACCCACACAUCUGGUCUCUCACUCAUCAACGGGGUUCCCCGUCGGUAUUUACAACAGCCCAUCGUCCAAUAGCACUGCAGAGUCAAGUCAGUACCGUACUUCAGAUAGCUCUGCAACAGACUCGCCCAAGACACCGACAAAUAACCUGCUUGCUGGCCCCAACCUUUUGGCGGCAAUCGAGACGAACAGCACGGAUGUUCAGACGAAUGAGAGCAGCACGUACAGCACCAGCUCCAGUGGGGAGAUGCAUCUGUUUGCCCAGAGACAGUCGCAGAAUGGAAACCUGGAGCUGGACGCAGACGGUCGGGUGAAGGCAUAUGUGGAUUUCUCCGAGUGGCACGAGGCCAUAGACAGCAUGUCAGAAGAGCAAAAGGAGAGCUUGUACAAAGAACUGAUGCCCAAGUCUGUGUAUGACCCCAUCCAUGAGCAUGAGGAGCCCGCUGCAGAACAUUGAGGCCGGCUGCCUUAAAUGUGCUUCUAGCAUGAAGUGCUGUUGGACAACGGCAGCUUCCUGAUGAUGCGGAUUUGUUACUUAAGUGCUUUCACUUUUAUAAUUAAAAGUAAACGUGUACGGUUGGUUGUGUCCCUUGGGACAGGUGGCAUGUGAAUGUUGAAGGUUCAGAUCCUUUUCUGUGCAUACUCCAACAUAACGCUGAACAAGCAAUGUGGUUCAGGGGGAUAUGAAAUUGAUUUGCAUUGCUGAAGUUUGAGGUUCCAACCCAAGCAGGGUGCAAAUUGUUUUUCUGACUACAGUCGGGCACGGAUUACUCGAGACACAUCAGGGAUUGACGAAUGUAUUCAACAUAUCUAUAAUUCAGGUUAGCCGAUAACGGAAGAUUAAAGAGAUAUCAGUUGGACAAUUGCAAAUUUCAUGAGCUAUCCGUAAUUUCGAGUUUUCCCGUGUUCUUAUUAUCUGUGCCUGGCUGUAUUUUCUCUGGGCCUAGUGUCCUUUUGUGUAGCCGAGUUCUCUGCUGUUGAAAUGAAUGGUAGUGUCUGUAGUAGGUCAUCCCGCUUCAUCAAGUACAGCAAUGCUUUCUUGACUCAGGUUGUGGUAAAAUCCACACAGACAUCCGUUUCUUACUUACCUUUCCUGUAUAAAAUUGCAAGAUAAAAUAUAUCUUGUCUACCUGUUCCACAAUUUGUUUCAGUGAAAGUUUGGUCUCAACUGAAUGAAAACAUUAUAUUGUGGAUUAUGGAAAGUUUGGGGAACUGAUAAUGAUUUAUACAAGCCCAGUGAAUUCAUUGUGGCUGGAAAAACAUUUUUUAAUUUUUUAAAUUGAAAAUAAGUACCGGGAGGUAAGUCUAAUCAAAAGCAUGAAGAUGAGACUGAGUGAAUAGAGAGGGAUGCCCCAGGUGCUGUGUCCACCAUCCUCCAAGAAAUUGCUACUGUAUAGGUAGACUGUCAGCUCUUAUGGUAUCAUCAUCUUGAUGAAAUGUGAUGAGGGUGGCCCUGGCUCAAUUCCCAAACAGGGUUUUCUUUAACUUUGAUUGUUGCAGGAGUUUUCAUGACUCUCCAUUUUGCUUGGAGUCUUAUCACAGAUGAUUGUUACAUUCGGAGGUCACAUGGUGCUGUAUAAGAAAGGGCAUAAAAUCAAUAAAAAAUGGGUUUCCUGGUUUCAGUGUUCAUACUGACAAUGGGAGUGACUGAGGUUGUUGUGCAAAUCUAUGAGUAAGUUGUGGAGCAAAGUCUAAUGUGUGUGCAUGUAUGUGUGUGUGCACGUGUGUGUGUGUGUGUGAGAGAGAGAGAGCAAAAGAGAGAGUGUUUCUGGUUGGUAUUUAGAGACUCUAUGAUUGACAAAAACUACUUGUAAAUAAAGUCAAGAAUAGAUUUUUUCA